AUUCUGAAAAUCAUUUUGUUUCUCUCUUUUGGGAGAUUGCGAUUCUUUCAUGUCCACUGCAGUACCUAACAACUCCAAGGACUGUGGAACGCUGUUAAAAGCUUUCUCAGAAUGUGUAGAACAACAAGUCAAAUGCUCUUCACAGCUGAGAGAUUAUAUUAAGUGUGAGCAACAGAGCUUUCUUCUAAGGUGGCAAAAGAAUCACCCCGCAGACCAAAAUAACAAAAAGAGGAGAGUCACGUUGAAGCAUUAUGAUAACUUUGGAACUAUUGUGAAUGAGCCAGUUGAACUUAGAAAACAAGAAGAAGAUAAUAGCAAACAGGAAAAGAGGCAAAAGGAGCCAAACAAGCAGAGAGAAACGGAGCACAAAAGCCUUUCGAGUUAUCAGCAACGUUGGGGUAGUUAUGAACCUAUGAACGAUGGUUUGCCUUUGAUAGACUUUUGGAAAAGCUAUUGGAACAAUAGUAGAAGGAUAUUGACGACUAUGCUAGAUGGCAGGUAUGUAGAAAAAACGGAGAGAUUUGGAAGAAAGAUAUACAGGCACAUGGAGAAGGAGUGGGAAUAUGUACAGGAGACACUGAGAACUUUGAAGAAUAGUUGGAAGAGCAGAAAAGGACAAGGAUAAAGUAUGGUUUGUAUAGAUAUUGUUGAUAGAUACGUAUUUUUAUGUUUGCAAAUAAUGAUGUAGUUUUUUAUUUGUUGGAGUCAUUAGCUGUUUUUAGAUAGUACGUGUUCCUUUUGCAUCGUGCAAUAGCAAAUUAUCAUUUUUAUUGUGGUAUACUUAUUGAUAUGUAAAUAAAGUGUAACAAGUUUAUUCGUGAAUAGUAUGAAACGACGACUUGAUGCUUGGUUGGUUGUGUGUCAAUGAGCAUCUUUUCACAAGAAUGUGGAAAACCAUGAAGUAUUGUACUAGAAAUGUCAUGUCAGUAUAAUCU